UCCGUCUCCUCCGCGGUACGUUUCACUUCGCUGCUUCGCAAAAAGAAAAUUCCCGGAAAAUAUCAACAAACGCAUUAGCAUAAUAUUCUUAACAAUUCCAAAACAGAACAUUUAUUUUUGGUGAUUCUCCGGACAAUUUAGUGGUUAGUGCUUUUAGUUAAAACAUUGCUUUGCGCAUUUACCGUUAUCCGCUCGCAAGGCAAAAGAAAAAGCGCGCGUUUUGAAUUCUCUGUUUCGCGUUCUUUUUUUUAAUGUUACAAAACAAAAUAUAGAAAUGAAAGAAAAAGUCAGAAAUUAAAUGAAUGAAUGAAUUUUUUUCGACACAAUUCUGCUGCGUGUGCAAUUCGAUUCGAAUAACAAAACAAAAAACCUAAAGGAAAAGUAAAAGAAAUUCGAGGGGAAAAAUAAAACGCCAAAAGAAAAGAUAGCGCGAAAAGUCAUAAAGAAAAGACUGGCGGCUGUACAAGGAGUAGCUCGUUGGUGAAAUUACUAGAACCAGCUGCUCCACCGGAGGCACCACCAUCAGGGGCAGCAGCAGGCGCGGCACCACCAUGCUGCCGCAGCAGUACUGCCUGAGGUGGAAGUACCACCAUAGCAAUCUGCAGACCAUGUUCUCCCAGCUGCUGGAUCGUGGAUGCUUCUGCGACGUGACCCUGGCCUGCGAGGGCCAGCUCAUUCGCGCCCACCGCGUUGUCCUCUGCGCUUGCAGCACCUUCUUCGACACCGUGCUCUCCAACUACGCCAGCGAACGUGAUCCGAUCAUCAUCAUGAAGGACGUUACCUUUGCGGAGGUCAAGUGCCUCAUCGAGUUCAUGUACAAGGGCGAGAUCAACGUGGAGCAUGCCAGCCUUCCGUCGCUGUUGAAGACCGCCGAUGACCUGAAGAUCAAGGGCCUGGCCGAGGUGACCUGGCGCGAUGACGAGGACGGACCGCCGCCACCGAUGGCCGCCGCCGAGUUUCACUCACCGCCGCGCAGUUUGGCAGAGAGCUACGCCCAGGACCUAAUCCUUCAGCAUCAGCAACAGCAGCAGCAGGCCCCAGCUGCUCCACCCUUGCAUCUGCACAGCUCUGCUGCGCUCUUGGACAGAGAUCGGGAACGUGACCGGGAGCGUCUCUCGCCGGGGAUGGAGGGUGUACUGGGUCGCAUGCCCGUGAUGACGCCGCUGACGGGCGCUUCGGGUUCGGCUGGCGUGGGUUCGGUAUCCGGUGGCACAUCGCUCGAGGGCGUCGCUCCCGUUGAGCACUUUCUAGGUCCCAAACGCAAGCGUGGUCGUCCUCCACUAGACGAUGCCUAUGAUGUUUUCAAUGUACGCAAGCUGGCCCAGUAUGCCGCCAAUCUGGAGCCCGCCCAGCGUGCCUACUUGGAGACGGCGCGUCACUUUGCCGAGGAGCCGCCACUGGCCGCCCAUGCCGCCUCGAUGGCCUCCCCACCUGCCGCGUGCCCGCCGAAGCAGCGCCAGCGUCUACGUCACCAGCAGCAGCAGCAACAGCAACAGCUGCUACAGUCGGAGAGCAGUGACCAGGAGCAGCAGGCUGCUGGCCAGGAUUGGUCCAAGUCGGAGCCAAAUGGCAGUGCCACGCCCAAAAUGCUCAGCGAUGGCAAUGCUAACAAGCAGGAAACGGAGGGCGGCGAUGAAUCGCUACCGGCAGUGCUAACCACUGCCAGCAGCAGCGGCACCAAAAAGCUGGAAAAGAUUGGUGAACGUCGCGAACGCCAUGGAAAAUUACGUCAUGCUCGUCGCCUCUAUGAGAAGUCUGGAGAGAAUGAGGUUAAUCCGCCCAAGGAGGAGCCCGAUGAGCUGCCGCAACCGGUAGAAGAGAUCGAGAACGAGCAUCUGGUGGCAAAUAGGGCAGAGUCGCCGCGUCCUACGGUCGUCAUACCAGCUAGUUUUGCGUGCAAAUACGAGGGCGGCGUGACUGCCGCAGGCGGUGGCUCCGGUUCUGGAUCCGGAUCGGUUGGAUCCUCCUACUUGAUCAACGAACAUGGCAUGCUGAUGGCCCACGAAUUUGCACCGAAUGUGGCCAGUGCCGCCGCCACCGCAGCUGUGGCCGUCGCAGCAGCCGCCGCCGCAGUGGCAAAUGCCUCAGCCGGAAACGGAAACGGUGGCCAGGAUGCAAGUGGCAGUGGAACCGGUGCCGCCGCCGAAUAUCCCGACAUCAAGCUGGAGGACUACGAUGCCGCCGAACUGCGACUGACCAACGAGGAGCUGUCGCAGUGGCAGGACGUCAUCAAGAUGGACGACUAUCUGGCUAAGGGGCGGCGUCCACAAUUCUGGGAAGAGCCAUUCACCAAGCGUGUGUUGGACGCCAUUAAAAACAAGAGACUCGAAAUGAAGAAGGCCGCCAGAAUUCUGGGCGUCUCCUAUGGCACUCUGUACGGGCGUUACCGCGAGGUCUAUGGCUGCCUUAAGCAUCCUUACAGUGGCACCGCCUUCCGGAACUCCGGAUCCACCUCGACCAGUCAGAUGGGAGUUCAGCCCCGCUUCGAUUUGGGAUUCCGCAACGGGGGCGUCCUCCCAGCUCAGCUGGUCCAAACCAAUCCCUACUUGCAGAGCUGGGCAAGCUGAAGAAGGAUUUGAGCGAGCUAUGGACACGUCCGCAGAUUUGAGAACCAACCAAUGCCACAACCAUGAAGAAACUGCAAAAAAGCCUCAAACGUCGCCACAGGCUGAUCUAGGAACACAGCAGAAGGAUGAAAGACAGCUAGACGAGGCUAGUUUUGGAUCCUGAGUAAUGCUUUCCUGAAUCGAUUCCCACAUUAAUGUGUUGUUCCCAUCGGCGGGUUACAACUAUAACUGAUCUACACAUUUAGGAUCUUAUUAUUACAUAAUAUAUAAUAUAAAUACAUGUCUAUAAAUACAA